AUGCGUGCAUUUGUGUUAGUGAGUUGCUUGAUUGCGAGCGCUUUGGCGCGUCCUGAGGCCGGUUACAUCUACAAUGGAUUACAAAAUCACGCCUCACAACCGCUCAUCCACCAGCAAUUGCCCGCUGAGCAUGCCUUUGCCAACUUUGCCGCUCCACCGGCUCCCACUUACGGCACACCGCUUUCCUCUGAGCCGUCGUUGAACAGCCUCGAACAGCCCGCUGCAUCAGUGGGACCCGACGAUGCCAGCCAACAUCAGGUGCAGCCCUUGCCACUCGAUCAACAGGAUUCUUAUAAUGCCGCCUAUCAAGAGUCGAGUAUUCACCACGACGAUGGCUACCCUUACGCCCCUCAACCCACUUCAGUGCACAAGCACGUGUACGUGCAUGUACCGCCGAAAGACUUCGAGGAGGAGGACGUGAUCGAGACUCGUGUUCGUCAUGCGCCCGCCGCCAAACAAAAGCAUUACAAGAUCGUCUUCAUUAAGGCACCAGCACCACCUGCCAUUCGUCCACCAGUUGUGCCACCAGCACCACAAAACGAAGAGAAAACACUUAUCUAUGUGCUGCACAAGAAACCCGAAGCCGUCAAGGAUAUUGUUAUUCCUGCAGCUGAGCCAACCAAACCCUCCAAACCCGAAGUCUACUUCAUCAAAUACAACACCAAGAAAGAAGAAGCACCUGUCUAUGGACCUCCACCACAACCACAACAACAAGAUGGAAAUGGCAAUGGAAACAAUAAUUUCAUUGGUGCCGAAUUGGAUCCUCGUCAUGCUGAUGUGGCUGCUGCUAGCGAAUAUAGCGCACCUGCCGCUGAUGAGUUUUCUGCUGACCUUACUGCACCGCUCACUACCAUUCAGCCGGCGCCGGAGCAAGAGCAGCCACAUGCACCCAAUGCUUUCGAGUUGACCACCGCAUCGCCAUUCGCUGCCGCUGAACAGCCACAGCCUACUGCGCAAGUACCUAGCAAUCAGUAUCUGGCACCGGAGAGCAUGUCGCCCAUCGUGGUGGAGGAGCCAGUGCAUUUGCCAUCGACUAACUAUGGACCACCCAGUAACCGAUUUUACUUGAAGAAGAAGUAA